UACAGCUUAAUUUGCAGUAGUGAUUUGGUCACUACAAUUUAUGGUUCUCUGAAAUUGUGCUUUCAGAUUCAUAAUCACCAAAAUGUGACUGGGAUGUUACCAGUAUAAGCAGAUGUGUAAUUUGACCUGGGUUCUCUUGGAUGUCUGGUUUUCCUGUCCUGUAGAUUUCAGGCACUGGGUUGAUUCUGGAUUUGUUCUCAUUUUUACUCUCAAUUUUUUUCAGUCUGAUAACUGUGAAGGUUCAUUCAUAUAUGGAUUUAUCCAUUUUUCUAGCAGGUGCUGGGAAGAUGGAGAAGACUUUGAACAGARUCCAUCCAGUUUCUGAUCCUGAAGCAACCUAUUUUCUACAGGUUUCAUGGGAAAAGGAUUUAGGCACCGGCUUUGGUAUAAUUCUUAGUGAUUGUCAGUGUGCAUGGACUGGGACAGUGUCUGAGGCAGACAUUUCUAGGGAGGCUGCUGACAUAGAAAUGGACAGAGAAAAAUACGUGGAAGAGCUGAGGAAAGCACUGAUAGCUGCAGAAGAGUYGGCUGGAAAAUAUAACUUUGUGAUUUCGAGAGAUGAACAGAAUAAGGCCUGUCACUUCUCCUAUGAAAGGAACCUGAAAGAUGGCUCUUUCAGACUCGGAUCUCUGAAGCUGCAGGAAGUCCCAAAACCAGCAGAGGUGGUCAAGGAACUCAUUGGUUACUGCCUGGACAGCCUGGGGAAGCUGCGGGCCAAAACUGAGCAUCUGCAGAGAGAAAAUGAAAGGCUUUUCAGCAGCUGGAGCGACGUGGAGAAGAGGCUGGAAAAAUGCGUGGAAGCUAAAGAGGAGCUGGAGGCAGACCUUUACAGCCGGUUUAUUUUGGUGCUGAAUGAAAAGAAGGCAAAGAUAAGAAACUUGCAGAAGUUGUUGAGUGAAGCUAAAGAAUCUGCAGUGGAUGCCAAAUGUGCAAGGGAUAGUAUAGCUACYACACAGACGGUUAUAAAGAGAGAAAACGACUAUGAUGCCAGCACUGAUGAGGAAAGUGAAAAUUUAACACGGGCCUCGUUGCCAUCAGCUCCAGAACGAAGAGAUUCCUCCCUCCUGGGCAGCCCUGACAUUGUCGACCCAGCUCCGAGGAGGAAGAGAAGACAGAGAGCAGCAAAACCUGCAGGAACAGGAGCUAAGGUGGCUGCUUUCGAGGCAGAGCAGCCUUCCCAGGAAAAGACGGGGACGGGGCAGCGCUGCCCCGAUUGGGAUUUGGAGACGCUGGAGAAUUCCUGUGAGCCAGAGGAGCUUUUUGAGGACAUUUAACCACGUUUGGGAUGAGGAUGGAUCCUCUGGGGAUUCCAGCAGGGAUGAGCUAYCAACCAAAAAGGGUUUUUUUUUUGGAGAGUGAAGCCAAAAUGUUUUCUUUGAGCCGUCCCACACUGCGCUUCUCCUGCUCUUCUCYGCCCCUGCGUUGCUGCAGAUGAUUUUUGGUGCUCAAAAAGCUGAUUUUGGCAUCUGUGGAAACCUUUUGUCACCUUUAAAUUGGCAAGGAGAGAACUGUGAGUGUCCUUUUAYAUCCUCACAGCCUCUGGUUGUGUCCAGGAUCGACCAUUUCCCAGGUGUCAGGCGUAAAAAUUGUAAAAUUUUGUAAAAAAUUGAUUCUAAACUCCAAAUUCCCUGCGCUGAACCUYUCCCAGCUGCUCUGGAUAAAUCAAUUUCUAGCUGGAGUAAGUUUGGAAUUGUCUCUUCUGAUUCGAAACAAACAAAAAAAUGUCCUUUUAUUUGGAAGUUCUUUGUGCUUGGAAGUUGUCUAAACUUGGAAAUUUAAUUGUGUUCUCUGUGGCACCGUGCACCAUAAAAUAUUCUUGCUUUUUGGGAGUAAAGUGCUCCUUUGAUAUUGUAAAUAUUGACUCUGUUUUAACUUUCUGUAGAAACCCGUAGUGUUUGAAAUUGUAAUUUUUGAUACUUCAGCUUUUUCCUCGA